AAAAAAAUCAACGUAGAAAAAAACAACCAAUUUCCGACAACAAUCGACUUUAGACAAUAACUAGUUAUACUAACAACAGCUUAUUAAAGAGUUGGACGAGUGUGGUAGUUGUGCUAUUCAACUGAGUGUAUUGGUCAAAGAAGCUUGGGAUAAGUACUUUUUAAGUUUUUUUAUUUGUUUUGCUGAAUUUAUAAUCCUUUAUCUCCAUCAAAUAUUCAUAAGCAUGCAAGGAAGUUAUAAUAACAAUGGUCUUCCAAGGCCUUAUUAUAUGAAGCCGGUUCUGUCAAAGAAACACUCGCCUUAUGAUAAAAUGCCCAAUACUUUUUUCACUACUAGUAAGAGGAAAUUACUUGGGUAUAUGAUGAUAUUGUUUCUCUUUGGGUCUUGUAUGUAUUUAGUGUCACAAGAAUUAAAACCAGGACCUGAUCCGGUUUACGAGCUUGUUCAUUCAAAUAGUCAGCAGGCAGCAAAAGUGCCAAAUGAUAAUACUAAUAUUGACCAUAUGGUUGAUUCAAUUAAAAAUGCUGAUAGAGAAACUGAAAAAGCUGGGUUGGCAGGUAAUUUGGCUCAGGGUUCCAAAGGAGACAUUGGACACGGAGUUGUUGAGGCACCUAAGGGAGGUAUUGCCAACGAAGCCCCUGUGGUUGGUAACGAUGCUGAUUCUGUUGUCGGUAAUGGUAAGGGUCAAGUGGAUGCUAACGGUAAGGCCAAACCAAAAUCUUAUAGGGCAAACAAAGGUGAUGAACCAGAGGUGAAAGAGCCGAUUGAAAAUCAAGCUCCUUACAAGAAAGAUUCCCCUUCUAAUAAGAUAAGUGAACAGCCAGUUAAAGAUGCUUCGUUCAAGUCAUCUAAUGAUAAAUCAGUUCAGCAGAUUAUGGAUGAAACGGAAGCCGAUGCCGAUGACUUUAAAGUCAAGGCUAAUAGUUAAGCCAUCCAUAACCGCCCUCUUCUCUUUUUUAACGCAAAUACGAUGACAUGAAUAUAUAAAGCAUUUAAUGACUUAUGAAAGUCACACGUCUUUAUGAACACGAAUGAAAAAUGAUUAGAAUAAUCAAGACAUUGAAAAUUGAAAUGGGAUAUGAUUACACCCAGUGUACCAUUACAAAUUAUGAACGCAUUGAUCCACAUGCAU